CUAACUUAUUUAUUUCCAUUUUCCACCGCCAAUUGCUUUCCCAUUUCCUCAUCUUCUACGCCUUCUCCAUUUUUCUUCAUUCAACGGCAUCUCUCUCAAAUUCGCCGGAAUAUACUCCACCACCGGAAGAAGAUCUAGUACUUACAAAUAUUGUUACCAUGGGUGAAGAAGUGAGCCUGACCGACUAUGAAUCAAGCGGUGGUAACGAUGACAGACUUCUCUGGGAGGUUGGACUUCCCGAUGUCGAUGAUCUCACACCUUUGAAUAUGCAGUUGAUUCCGUCGGAACUUGCUUCUGCGUUCAGAAUUUCGCCGGAAAUGUCAAAGACGAUGACCGAUGUAAAUCGUGCUUCGCAGAAUACGUUUUCUUCUCUCCAGAGAUGGCACUCACAGGAUAUGGCUUCGAUGAAUAACUCUAAUUUCAAGACGUUUAGCUAUGAGAGGAGUAGAGAAGAGACUGUUACUGAAAGAGAUGAAACGGAUCUGAUAAGAGAGGGAUCCGACCCGAGGAAGCUCCGGCGGGUUGAAUCCGGAGGCACUGAGGAGGCUGAUUCAUCUCUGUGUAACGAGAAUUUUGCGGAUGAUUCGUCUGCUAAGACUCUGAAGCGGCCCAGACUUGUUUGGACGCCGCAGUUACACAAGCGCUUUAUUGAAGUAGUGGCGCACUUAGGUAUCAAAGGGGCUGUGCCGAAAACAAUUAUGCAGCUUAUGAACGUGGAAGGAUUGACGAGAGAGAACGUAGCAAGUCAUUUACAGAAAUACAGAUUGUAUACGAAGAGAAUGCAGCCGAACGAGGGUCCUUCUUCGUCUGAUCAUUUGUUGACUUCCACACCGGCUACAGAGAGUAUGCGUGAGUCCAGUGAGAGUGGUCACCUCCGCAAUACUAAUGGCCACAUGGCAAUGCCAACUCUGAUGCCGUACCAACCACAAAUGGUGGCGAUGCCAAUGAUGGGGAUGCCAAAUGGAGGACAUGUAGGCAUGCCUGUUGGUUACGGGGGUGGACCGCCACUUGGGUUUCAUCAUCACUAUAAUAUGGUGCAACAGCGGGACUGGUCUGGAAAUAAUUUUGGUUACUAUCAUCCUGUUGCUUCUAAUGAUAAGUAGCUCCACAAGCUGGGAUCAGAGUGAGCAUUCUACGCAUACUGGAAAAAUUUGUGGCAUGCCUUUACAUGUACUUAUGUUUUAUUGAACGUUUAGUUAUUAUAGGACAGCUCCCAGCGUAACUUCAUUUGUAGUGUAGACCUGGAUGAUGUCAUUUGAUCGUGGAGGGAUCAUGGCAGGUUCAUGAGGUGUUGUUCUCUGGUAAAAUCUGGGACAAAUAUGAGUUAGACAGCAGAUAGGCAGUUGGUCCGAUCUAUCCUUGCGAUGUCUUUUUCCUGAAACAUGUCUCGUCCAGCAGCAACAAAUCGUUUGCACUACAAAUACCAACCAGUCCUUUGUAUGAUAAAUGGUGUAUCGUUUUCCUAGUAAUGGGUGUGUUGAACCUUUUUUUAUCGCAAUGAUCUAGAGAGUAAUAUAAAACGUUGUCAGCAGCCCCAACAUACUGGGUAUUUGAAUCUUCGUCCUUCUCCCAAUUCCCAUGGGCCUAUAUUCUUCUUCUAUAAGAAAUUAAUUAUUUGCUCCAUAUUUUAUGUCUCUUUAGUUUUGUGCUUGCUUUCAAUUUCUGUACUAGAUGGAAGAACCUGUCUGUACAUAUUAUUGGAGUUAUUGUAUCAUAUGUUUUCUUAAUUCA